AUGGGUGACGCGUGUCAAGCUUGUCUCACGAGGGUGCCCUAUGCCACUCUUAUUGCGACAAUAAUGUGUUGUUUGGGCGUUGGUGUUUUCUGUGGCACUAUGUACCGGGGUUCCGCUCUUUCUAUAUUGAUGUUUGAUCAAGUAUUUCAUUUCCGUUUAAUGUGGAUUGAAGCAUUGCAAAUGAUCUUUAUUGUAGGCAGCGCCUGUAUGGCGGCUCUUGGAUUCAUGCUGUUGUGUUUGGGCUGUUUGACAACAGGUGCUACUAGACAAAAAGUAUACCGAGCUUGGAGAGCUCGUGUUGGAGGAAGGAUAUCCUGUGCCGUUUUUAUGAUCAUUACUUACAUCUUGACCUUUGUAUGGAUCAUAUUACUGGGUUUUCUAGUUAUAACGACUUUCUUAUUUACGAUAUUUUGGAAAUUAUGUUCGAAUCCGAGAAACAUUGAACUCACAACAUGCAUAGACUUCACACAAUUUGAUUUUAUGUUCCCAUCAUCUGUUAGACAAGAAGAUAUGAAAAUUUGCGAAGCCCAUAAAGUCAAACUGUUCUGCAAAGAUUAUGUUGAAAAGGCAGAGUUUAUGUUUAUAUUAGCAAUGGUGGCCUGCAUACUUGUGAUAUUGAGUUUGGUACAUCAUCUGAUGUGUUUAUCUGCAAAUUAUGCCCACAUUAGGGAUCAUGAGAAGUUUCAAGAACUGCAGGAGCUGCAGUACCUAACUAACCCUGAUAUGCAUGCCUCUAAAGACCGCUUCUAG